ACCCCUCUCACGUUUGGAAUCCUCCAUUUCCGACUUUUAUGCAUGAAAAUGUACUCUUUGCAGGUUUUGUUGGUCUUGUUAACCUUAAACAGUUAACACCCACCCCCCCAUCCCCCUCAUCAGCUGCUGGUUUUGCUUGUCUUGUUUAACCUUAACACACACCGACCCCCCCACCCCCUCUCUCUUCAUCAGCUUCACACUUUUCUUGUUCCUAGUUUUAUUAUUAGCAUAUUGCCAUUAAUUCAGUAGUCUGUAUGACAUCCUAUUCAUUUAUCAUCGUCGGUCUUCCUUUGGUUCUUGGGACCAUCUCCCACCUUCUCCCAUUACUAUAAUCCUUCCAACUACAUUUAUUUGUUUAGGCAAAAAUUCGCACCCGUUUUCCCAACACUAUCCAUCUCCUUUUCAUCCUCAGGAGUAAUUAAAAUUCUCUCCUCGCCCUUCAAGCAAAGUUGCUUCAGCUUUUCUCUUUUUCCGCUUUUCUUGAUUCCUUCUUGCUUCUGGGUUUCUGUGUUUUUUUGCUUUUGGAGAUCUGUAGAAUUAAAAUGGGCUUGUCUAGAAAUAGUUGUACCAGCUCCGUAGACGCCUCAUUCUUCUCAAAGUCGCAUGCUUUAUGCACUACAGCUUCUGAUCAUGAUGGGUUCUGUGAAUUUGAUGAUUCUGAAGUAAAGUUCAAAUCUUUACUGUACAAAAUGAUCUGGGAUUUCGGUUUAGGUUGCGUCAUUCCCCGCCGCCAGCGGCGGAGCUCCGGCGAGAAUGAGGAGAAGGAUGGUGAUUGUGGUGGCUGCAGUUUAGAGCACAAUAAGGCUUGGUUGCUGGCGGAGUCUGGCGGCUGUGGGGUGGAGGAGCCACACUCAGUCCACUCCUCUUUUAGGUUCAGUUUCUGUUCUCAGGUUGAGCUCGAGUCCAUGACCGUGAAUAAUAGCUCUUCUGCUACUGUGUUAAUGGUGAAUUUGGACAAUGGCUUGUUGACUGAUUCCAAGUCUAGAGAGCUGAAAUGGAGGAGGAUUGAAUCACUGGAGAGGAGUAUUUCCCCUGUGGCACACUCUUUGAUUAGGUUCAGCUAUUCUGAAAUUCUCUCUGCCACAGGAAAUUUUUCAAAUGGUAGAGUAUUGGGGAGAGGGGCAUUGAGCUGUGUGUUUAAAGGAAGAGUGGGAAUUCUGAGGACCGCUGUGGCAAUCAAGCGGUUGGAUAAGGACGAUAAGGAGUCUUCAAAGGCAUUUUGCAGGGAGUUGAUGAUUGCAAGUUCUCUACAUAACCGUUACGUCGUUCCGCUGGUUGGAUUUUGUAUAGAUGCUGACGGGGGAUUGUUUUUGGUCUACAAAUAUGUUUCUGGUGGAAGCUUAGAGCAAUACUUGCAUGAGAAGAAGAGGGGGAUGACUGGCAGCACCGGACUCCCAUGGUCAGCUAGGUAUAAGGUUGCCAUGGGAAUUGCCGAGGCAAUUGAGUAUUUGCAUAGUGGAACAGAAAGAUGUGUUGUUCAUAGGGACAUUAAACCUUCAAACAUCCUUCUUUCCUCCAAGAAGACACCCAAGUUGUGUGACUUUGGUUUGGCAACAUGGACGCCUGCACCUUCAGUCCCAUUCCUUUGCAAAACUGUUAAAGGGACAUUUGGGUACUUAGCUCCUGAGUAUUUCCAGCAUGGAAAGGUGUCUGAUAAAACCGACAUUUAUGCGUUUGGCGUUGUGCUGUUGGAACUAAUAACUGGAAGGAAGCCAAUUGAAUCGAAACGCGGACCAGGAGAAGAAAAUUUGGUUUUGUGGGCAAAGCCACUGCUGGAGCAAGGAGGUGUAGAAAAGUUGCUUGAUCCACAGCUAACAUUCACCCAAAAGAACUCUGAGCAGAUAGCCCGGAUGGUUCGAGCUGCAACUGCUUGCAUAAACAAUGAGGAGUCUAGGAGGCCCGGGAUGGGCGAGAUUGUCAGAAUACUGCAAGGAAAAGAACUCAUUGGCUUAAACAGAAAGAAGGCCGUCUUGUCAGGUAACGGUAAUGUACACGAUAGCUACCCCCAAUCAUUGAAACGGACAAAGAGUGAAAUGAAAAGUCAUUUUGCAUUGGCCAUGCUAGGAGUUGAGUUUGAGGACGAUGAUCACCUCUACUGCCGGUGAUACUAACUUCAAGAAUCUGACCACCUUUUCUUUUCUGCUUUUAUUUUCUCUCAAGUCUUUGUUUUAGAUGUUUACUAAAAGAAACAAAUUUAGUAUUAGGGCCAGCAAGUUUGAUUUUGUAUAGAAAUGAUGUCGUGACAAGGUUUUUGUGAUUGUAUAGCCUGCAUCCUCCCUUCCUUACCUUAUCCGGGGAGAGAUGGCAUGAUUUCUUUUGCCAAGUUAGACAAAGAGGAAUAAUUUGCAGAUGUAGUUUGACUAAUGUUAUUUGGACAUCAUAUUAUUCUAUUUUCCCUAAGGGCUCACUCUUCA